UGAGUAAUACGAACUAUACGAAGAGCUCACGAGAGAGGCUGGUUUAAAUGAGUCAGUCACACUUACUCUUAGUGAAGAACUGAGUCUGGAGACCGAAACACGAAAACUUUGAGAUUAUAAGUUCAAAGUGACACACCAGAAGGAAGUAUCCAGAAUAGAGUAAAGAUGAAUGAAGAAAUCUUAGUCAAACUUGUGGAAGAUUAGGAAAGACUUGCCGAACUAUACUACUGAGAUAUUCCAUAUGAAAGGAUUGGUUUGAUGGGACAGACCAAUAUAUACGUGCCUCAAUAGAUGAGGAUAUGAAAAUCAGCAUAACCGCCUCACUGUCUGAACAUUGAUCUCUUAAACUUUAGCUCCUGUUGUUUGUCACUACUCUUACAAGUAUAUUUGAUUUCUUAACUUCGGUGUGACACUUGCAGACAGACCUGAGAACCUCACAAUGACUACUUACAUAAAAAGAAACCACUGGGCUAUCAUAAGUUUAUGUCUUCUGCUACUUUGUACUGUAGUAUCUGGAGCUCAUGUAUCAGUUCCUCUCAAUGUGUAUGCUGAUUUGAGUCUUUCUACUGAGGUGCAAGAAGGAAAUAAAGUCCAGCCAAAUAAUGAUGUCUCCUCUUCAACUGAUAAUCUUCAUUUAAAUAGUGUACUGUCAGCAACUGAUGAAGUUCAAAAGUGGCAUGCAAAAAAGAAAGCCAAUGUUUUAUUAGACCUCUGGACUCGUAUUUCAAGUCAUUUUGAUGUGAAAGAGAUAAUAGCUGGGUUAAAAGCUGGGAAACACUCACCUGUUACAUGUUUUGCAUGUAAAUUUGGAGUAUCUCUAGUUCAACAUAUAGUAGAGAAAGAAAAGAAUGAGGAGGAUGUAGCAUCUCUUGUGAAAAUUAUAUGUAAUUUCUUCAAAAUUGAAUCAGCUCGAGUCUGCCAAGGAGUUACCCGGGUGUUUCAAGGGGAAGUUCUCUACGUGUUUGAGCGACUAGUGCUCAGCCCUCAAGAAGUGUGUGGACUAAUUCUAGGUGAUACAUGUUCUCCUGUUUACAAUCCAUACCAUAACUGGACUGUUCCAUUGACUCCUUUUCCUAAACCUCCUGUUAAGCCAGUUCCACCACCAAAAACUGGUGCACCAACAACACGAGUACUCCAUUUAUCAGACACACACUUUGAUCCAUACUAUAAGGAAGGCAACAAUGCAGAGUGUGGAGAACCAUUGUGUUGCCGAAUUACUGAUGGACCUGCGCUUGAUCCAAGUAAAGCAGCAGGAAAGUGGGGAGAUUACCGUAGUUGUGACACACCCUUACGAACUUUAGAACAUAUGCUGAAACAUAUUAGAGACAAUCACAAGGUUGAUUACGUGUUGUGGACAGGAGACAUUCCACCUCAUGAUGUUUGGAACACUUCUCAAUCAGAGCAGAUAUUUCUCCUAAAAUCUGUUACUCAAUUAAUGAAUAAGUACUUGAAGAAUGUUCCUAUUUUCUCUGCCAUUGGGAACCAUGAAAGUUCCCCAGUUAAUAGCUUCCCAAUGCCCCAAAUAACUGGGAAAUAUGACAUAUCCUGGUUGUAUGAUGAAAUAGCAAAAGCUUGGGCUCCAUGGGUACCAAGAGGUGCAGAAACUACAAUUAAAAAGGGUGCUUAUUUCUCAGUCAAAGUGAACCCUGGACUUAAGAUAAUAUCCAUUAAUACGAACUACUGUAAUAACCAGAAUUGGUGGUUACUGUUAAAUUCCACUGACCCAGCUGAAGAACUACAGUGGCUUAUCCAAGAACUACAGGCCUCAGAGCUGAUUGGAGAAAAGGUCCACAUCAUUGGUCAUAUCCCACCUGGUACAGGAAGCUGCCUUCAAGUGUGGAGUGAUAACUACUAUCGUAUUAUUAAUAGGUUUGAAAGCACUGUUGUGGCUCAGUUCUAUGGUCAUACCCACAGUGAUGAAUUUGAAGUAUUUUAUGACACAGAGACUCUCAAACGUCCCACAAACAUUGCCUACAUUGGACCCAGUGUAACUACAUUUGGUAGUGGAAACCCUGCUUUUAGAAUUUACACAGUGGAUGGAAACUAUGCCGGUAGCUCCAGGGUUGUACUAGACCAUGAGACAUAUUUCUUAAACAUUACUGAAGCAAAUCUGUUUAACCAACCUACAUGGAGAAAAAUGUAUUCAGCCAAAGAACAGCUGGAAAUGAAGUCUCUUCUACCUCAUGACUGGAAUGCUCUCAUUCAACGUUUUGAGUCGAAUGAUGCUCUGUUUCAACAGUUUUACGGGUAUUACAGAAAGAUGAGUGAUUACCACAGUGAACCUUGCACGGGAGACUGCAAGAAAAACAUGCUGUGUAAUCUUCGAUCUGGUCGUUCUCAUGAUUCGUCCUUGUGUAAUGCUGGACAGUAAAAUACUAGAUAAAUUUAGCCACUGUUAUCUCUAAAACUGUGACAAUUUCAUUUAUGCUAUUUUAAUUUUUUAUACUUAAGUUAUGAAACAACUUACAUGCAAGACUUUAAUUAUUUAGUAAACUAAAGACAAUAUUUUAUAAAGAGCUAUCUUGAGAAUAAGGAAACCUGUUUAUUCGUAAAGAUGUUUUUUAUAUAGUUUGGUGAAAAACUGUAUGUUGUGUAAUGUUUGAGCCACAGACAUAAACAGAGACAUUUAAGAGCAAAAUAUGAUAAUUUCCACAUGAGAAGCACUUUUCUGAGAUUAGAACAAUGUAUAAAUUAUACCUCUGCAUGUUUUAAGAUAAUUCACCCUGUACCAUUCUCAUCCAAAAUGUAUGUGAGUAUAAAAUUGAAAUGAUCAUACUGGAAGAAUGACUCUGUGUAUGUGACAGUGGUUAAUUAAUAGAAAAAUAAUUGUUAGAGCAAACCACGUUCAAAGUGGACUAUACACACGUGAAAAUGUAUCAAAGAAUAUCGUUGUUGCAGCAUUGCCUCAUUCUGGGAUGUUGUGGCAGCAAAGUCAUGCUGCUUAAGUAUGAAAUAGAAGUAAAUUCAAGGUGUUUUUGUAUAUUUAUUACAUGUGUGCAAUAUCUUCCAUAGAUGUAAUUUAAUUUAAAUUUCUGUUUAGAGAUGAUAACUACCAGAUGUGAAAGGAACAAAAAAUAAAUAAGCAGUUCUGUUCUAUUGGACAAACUCGUAUACAUCAAUACUAAUCUGUACUGUAUAUACUUUUUUGUUUUGUGCUGUUGCACCCUAAGUGCAGUGGGUUAUUAUUAUUUAUGCUCUUGUAUCACACACCUACUCUACAGUAUGGUGAGCUAAUUAGUUUUGCCAUAGUAACAGUGGAUAAGAUGUUUUCCAAACAUAAUUCAUAUCUUUUCAAUGUCAUUAGUUUUAAACUUUUUUUUUUCCAUGUUGUUAAUUUAUUGUUUUAAUUUUCAAUUUUCACUUUAGCUUUUAUGGGCUGAAACAUGUUGGUUGAAGUAUGUUAUUUUAGUAUGUUUUAACUGUUGUUAAAAUGACAUAGUUCUUUCCAGCAGUACUUUUUUUUUGUGGUUGGGGACUCGAGUACUGAAAAUAGUUAUGCAUGGAUAAACUUAAAUAUUUUUUAGAUCUGUAACAAUAGAUAAGGUAAUAUAAAUUAAAGCUACAUAAUGCUAUUUAAUUUCCCAAGUACAUUUAAUUAUUUUUUGUGUAUAUUUAACCUGUUAUUAAAAUAUGAGCGAUUAUUGACAGAUCUAUUUGUACAAAAAAAAAACAGGAAAACAAACCCUCUAGAAUAUUUAAUUUGGUAUAAAUAAUUUGUAUAACUAGUUUAUUUGUAAGCUACUUAUCUAUUGUCUUGUUAUUUGGUUUCAGGAAAAAGUGUUUGAGGAUAAAGGAUACUUUGGCUGUUUAUAUACAUAUAUAUGACAUGUCACUAUCUUUGAAUUUUUAUUGCCUCUCAAAUAAAAAUAAAGAAUGAAUCUAACUUAGUAUUUAAAAUGAUCCCUAUAAAAUUUGGAUGAAAAUGUACAUAUGUAGUAACAGGUAUGAUAUAUUACUAAUGACAUUACACAACUUUUCGAUGUCAUGAUUCCAAAAUGGUGACCAGUAAUUUGGUUGAACCUACUCUAUGUUUUGACACACAUAGGCUUUCUGUGUUAAGUUUUCUUAAGUAUUUGCAGAAAGUUUUAUGUAUUUAUUAAAAUAUCUGACAGUAUUAGGUUGUGAGGUGGGAGAUGAAGACAUUGAUCUUGUUAUAUUUUGACAGAACGAUUGGUCAAAAAUAUCAGUGUGUUGUCUGUAUAUUGUAUGAUAUUCAUUUGAAAUAGCUUUCUGUAAUCUGCUCAGCAGUUGAUUGAAUUAGAAUAGUUGUUAUUUAGGCAUCUUACAUGUUUGUCAGUUAUCAACAGAAUCUCUGUCUUGGUCAAAUGCAUCUUGCAGAUUCUACUGGUUUUGUGUUUGAAAAGGCAUGGAUGUGUCCUGGGAUACUCUUGAUUUGUAGUCAUGAACAUGUGAAACGUUUUUAACCUACAAUGAAGUGACUCAAAACAGCGUUCCAAACUUCUUCUGACUGAUAGAUGAUGUAAAGAAAAUUUUGACAUCAUCAAGAUGCAAGAGAAUGUGUACCAUUGCAACAUGUGCUUAAAAAUAUUUUGCCACAAUGUAGAUUAUGGUUCAUAAACAAAAUAUUUUCCACGUUUCUCUACAACAACAGUGAUUGUUUAAUUAUUACUGUAUGCGCUUACAAACUAAAGAGUUAUCAUCCCUGGAAAUAAACAUUGGAUUGUUUCAUCAAUCCCUUUGCUCAGUACUAUCAUCAAACCCAUCUUUGAAUAAAAGAUCAGAGAGAACUGAUGCAUUUUCCAUCAUUAUUGAAAAUGCUAAUUUCCUGACCUGGUCCACUCAAUUCAUCUAUUGGAAAAGAACACCCAGAACAUGUUCUGGACAUGUAAAUACCCCUGGUGACAGUGGAAGCCUAGGUUUUGUAAAAUGAUCGGAAUAUGAAUGCAGUAUCCAUUGACCUUUUCUCUGAGCGAUACUACCAGUACCAGUCACUUAGUAGAUGAAUAACUAAUGUUGCAUCAUAAAGGGAUUCAUAACAAGUCCCAACUCUCUGUGGUGCUUGGAGUUGGAACUUUCCACAAACUAAAUCUCCAUGCAUACAAUAUUUACUACAGGUAUCAUUUUCUGUACUGAAUGAAAUCUUGUUGUUUUCUCUAUGCCUAUGUAGCAUUGGAGAUUAUUACCAUAUACACGACAUUUAGAACAGGACAUUUUUGCUAUUGUUUAGACAUAUUACUUGUCCAAGAUUAUCUGUAUCCAUUAAAAUCAGAUUUUCUUCCUAUACAUUUUUUUUUGUGAUGUUGUUCCUGAUUUUAAAGAAUAACACCCAUCUUUAAUUGAACAUUUUUAAUAUAUACAUAAAUGGUCAUAUUUAAUUUUGACAGACUUAAAUUUGAAAUUUCAGAAAUUUUAUUUUGUAGUGAGAAAGUUGUAUUCUUACUUCAUUAGCAGAAUUUACCUUCUGAGGGAUAAUAGCUGGAAUAGAUUUUAAAAUAUGCACAAUAUUUUACUCGUAUUUAAAAAUGCCAAUUUCAUUAGUACUCCCUGUUGAAUUUGAUGAAUUAAAUCUUCAUGAAUUGUAUGCACAAAGGUACAGGAAUAUAGUACAUAAUAUAGUAUAUAAACCCAAAGUGAAAGUGAAUUGAAUUUUUACUUAUGUUUGUAUUUUGAACUCUAGAAAUUUCAUGAAUAUGAGUGUCCUGUUAUAUGUAGUCCUCCCCAGUGGCUCAACGGUAAUGCUGAAGGCUUAUAAUACUAAAAACCAAGUUUUUAUACCUGUGGUGGGCACAUAUAGCCCAUUGUGUAGUUUUUUUGUGCUUAACAACAAACAAACCAUUAUAUAUAUAUAACUAGACAUUUAGAUUUUGCAUACUCUUGACCAGGCUUGCUGUAAUCUUAUUCAGGUUCUACGCAAUAAAUCUUGAAGAUCAGUUGAAAGGGUUGAAGAUUCAAAACUAUUAUGGUAAUGUGAAAUUAAUUAGUAGGUUCUCAGGUGUUUUCUAUCUUCUUCGAUUACUUAUGAGAAUGUUGAGAAUAAAUACUGAUUAUUGACCAGCUAAGAGUUAAGCUAUGCAGCAGAGUUUGUUCACUGGUCUGUGGAUGAGCAUUAUAUUCUUGGGCAACCUCGGUAAACAGUUACAUAGCAACCUGAUAAAAAGAAAAAAUACAAAAGCUUGAUCAUCUGAGGAUUUUUAAAACUAUUCUGUUUGGGACCCAAUAUUAUUUCUGUUUGAGUUAAUAUUUAUUUUUAUAUAUUUUGUAUCGUUAUUUUAGAUUUUGCAUGGGUUAAGUAAUUUCUCUCCCUCCCCAUGUUUUCAAAAAACCUGUUCAUGAUGAUUCCGUGUGGAGGUAUAUAUGUUGUUUGUCUUUAAAUAAGGAUGUUGUUCUGCAAUCAGUUGUAGUACUUGUGUACUUGAAAGACAUUCUACUGAGAUUUUAAUUUAAAUCUUUUAUCCUUUCAUUUGGUGUUACAUUCAAAUCUUGUUCAGAAAGAUGUGAACUCUUUUGAGUAAAGUUUGAAUUAAAUUUAUAAUGAUAUUGAUUUGUAGCCAAGAUUUGUGGUGGUUUUUGAAUGAGAUUGUGUUAACAGAAAUAUAAAUUAAUCAGUUACUAAAAUUGAUACAUCAGGUUAUUCUCUUCAGCACAGUUGAGUGCUACCAUUAUGUAAAAUAUCUUAGUAUUAAAUCACUAGGUACGUAAAACAAAAUAUACUCGAGUAGUUUGACAUUUUAAGCUCUUUUAAAACAUAUUCAUCUUUUAUAUUAAUGGUACUAGAAUUUUAGAAAUCAAUUAAAAACAUACUAUACACUAUAAGAAAUCAUUUAGUAAUGAAUGUUUUAGAAACUUUGUUUUGUUAGAUUGUGUACAAUUAUUAUUUAUACGAACGUGAGUAUUAUAGAAAAGUAUUUUUUCUCUUAAUGUGCUUGAAUUUUUUUAAAAUUAAGACGUAAUGUUUUAAUUUACUCCCCUGAUUAAUUUAUAAACUAAUCAUUUACUUUAGUCAUAGAAUAACAGCAACUACCAGUGUUAGUAGAAUAACCAGUGCCAGUAAUCUGGUUGCCUAAAUUAGCUUUAGGUGGUAUAGUUUGUUUGUAGUAAGGAGCACAUGUUAAUACACACAUACACACACACACUCCUAUUAUAUGCAUGCAUGUAUUAUGAACCUAGGUUACUAGUUCUUAGGUACAGUUCCUAAAAAUACAGCAAAACUACAGGUAUACAUAAAAAAAAAACAAUUGGUGAUUACAUGGAGUGGCUCGUUCGUAUUAGAAGCUGAAGAUAAAUUUAGUGACCUUUGACGCUUAAUGCAUCACAAAAUAUGCUAAUUGUAGUUUUUUUAGAUAGGAGUUUGUGAUGUGAACUAACUUUGGUCUCAAGUAGGUUAAGUUUUUGAUUGGGUUUUAAUAAACAAUUUCUGAAAGAAGGUUGUUGUUUUUUUAAGUUCCGUGUAAUGUAUUACUUUCAUAAUGUUUUAUAAUUUAGUUUUCUGUGUAUUACAAAUUAGAACUUAAUAUUGCAGUGAACAUAACUAUGUAAAUCACAAAAUCAACUUUGUAAAAGCUUGAUUUAUAAAUUAUUUUUUGUAAUGUUUGAAAGGAUAUACAUCUUUAAAAAUUUAGAUUAAUUUAUUAUUAUUAUUUUUCGUAUUUAUGGCUGUAUUAAGGCUGUAUGCCACCAUCCUUAUUUUUUUUAAAGUAGUGUCUCUAGGGAAAGCAGCCAAUCAGCAGCAUGCUACCACCCACCAUCCAUGCUAAUGGAUUCACUUCACUUAUAAUGCACACACAACUUGAAGUAUGUGAAAUAUUUUGUAUUAUUGCAGGGAUUCAACUCUGGCUUGCCAGCACCAUUAUUUUUGUAAGGGUAUAUGAUAAACAGUAGAAGAGUUUGAUGAUGUUGUACCUGUGAAUUUGAUGCAAUAGUCAUGGUUAUUAAUUUAUUCAUGAAAAUAAACCGUUUUAGUUUGUGCAAAAACAAAUGACAACAGGACAACAAGAACCAUAUUUUUCAGCUGUGGGCAUAACAUCAUGGUUGAAAUAAUUGCAAGUUUAGUUGUAUAUUAAAAUUUCUGAUUUUUUUAUUAUAAAUUAAUUUGUAUCACAACAAAAAUAGAAACUAAACUUUAUAAUUAAUAAUUAACAUGGUUUAUGGUAUUAGGAACUAACUUAGAUUUUUGUGGUCAGUAACAAAGAGUUUUAUUCACUGCUGCACACAGUAUGCAUAACUAUUAAAUCUGUUUUUCAUAUACUUAUAGGUAAAUACUUAAUCUCAAUGUAAUUUCUCUCCUGUUUUUGUUUUCCCGUCUAUGUAAAUGGCCAUCAACUUUUGAACUGUUGAAUGUGCACUUUUUAAAAGCGUAUUAAAUUUUAUAACUUCUUUUUCUGAGUUCAGUAAUAUUUUUCUAUUUACAACGUAUUUCAUUUUUUUUUUUUUUUUUUUUUUUUUCUUUUGCAAAUACAACUCUAUUAAUCUUAUUCCAAGUAUUAUGUUUUACGUUUUAUCUAAAUGCUGAUAUCCGUAAGAUUAUUAGGCUACAAUUAUGAUGGAGAGGCAUUGAAGAUUGCUGAUAAUAAACUGUUUGAAUGUA